AUAUGAAAAUGCUUUAUCCCACAUAAUGUUUGAUGUUCUUUUCCUGUAAAGAAGAAACAGAUUUUUAUUGGAGGAGUAAUAACGUAACUCGUCUGCAAUGCCUCACACGCGUCCGAGGAGCCCCAGCCCUAUGCCCGACGUUAACUGGGAUGUUGGACUCAAGGAAAUGAAUGAAACCUGGAAAGGAGCCGUCGCCUGCAUCGGAGUUGCGAUAUUCUUCAUUAUGACAAUUGGCAUUAUCUAUUGGCAGGUGAUGGACCAACCUAACAAAAACUGGAUCCUGAAAGGGACCGUCGGUGGACUCAUAUGGGAAAGGAACACUCACACCCUGAUCCUGCAGACGUUGAGCGAAAACAAAACAUAUGUGGAGAUCGACGUAGGAAACUUUCCUGACAUGGAGCAAAAUUUUGUGAAAAACUUAUGUUGGCUCAAUAAGACUGACUUUUGUUACACUUGGGAUUCUAUCACGGAUCUUAAGAUCACAUUAGACCGAAAGUUCUCAGCUGGAACUGAGUGCUACAAUAUUACGUGGACCCCCAUACACUGUGAUGUUAAAUUAAAGGACUGCUUUUCAAUGACGAAUGUAUCAUGGUUUGGUGGAGCGAGCCUCAGCGCCCAACACUGGCCCAUGAACAAUGUAAAGGUGGCUCUACAACCGCUUGUGAUCAGCAACCUGAAAUCCAGUCAUGGUGCCUAUGGGUCUGUUUUAGAAAGAUACUUCUUAGGAUCAACUGGUGUUUCACUGCUGAUCAAUCCAAAUGUUCCAAUUUCCAUGACAAUUGAGAAAAAUAAAUAUUUUUGUGUGGAGACACCAGCAAGCACCGAGAGGUUUCCAUUGCAGUAUACCAUAUGCAUUGGACAGAACAUUCAGACUGUUCAUCAAGAGAUAGGAAACCAGCUGUAUAAUAGUCAGAAGAUGCUACCCAACCUCAACAUUGUCAGGAUGCCAAUAUGGAAACACUAUGGGGUAUCUGAUUCCGCAGCAAAACUUGAAAGAGAUGUACGAUCGUUCCAUAAUAAAUUAAGGAGGCAUGGUUUAGGGGAUUGCCUAAUAUCGCUCAAUGAACAUUCCACAAUGUUACUUUCUAUGAAGGACCACAUACUGAUUGCAGACCAAGGUGGACAGACUCAAAGGCACCGCAGGGAUCCACAUACUUUUAAGAACCUCAAUAUUUCAAUAACCUCAUCUCUGUACCAAAGUGUUAACUCAGUACAACUGCAAAAGUAUUUAAAUGAAGGACAAGACAACUAUUGGCUCAGCCUUCGCUCACAUUUAGAUGGCUCAAUGACACCAAUCCUGACAAAAUGGAAGGAGCAGUUUUCUGUGAGACUGAAUAUAACCAGUGAAGCUGCUAUAAACUGGUACUUUACAAAUGUGAAUAAGUUAAUAAAGAAACUCGGGGCAGAAUACGUUAUCAUUGAAGGGGCAGAAGGUAAUACAUUUCUGGAGCAUGCAAUACAGGCGCCCAAAGGACUGGAGGGGGACACUUACUCUGAGUAUUUAGCAGCAACAGCCGUUGAAAAGCUUGGAAAUUCUGCAAUUAUUACUGCAAGUACAAGAUCAAAUCAUUUGCCCCUCUUUGUUCAAAUGCAUCCACUUCGUUCAGAUUGGAGCUACCAUGGACUAAAAGGAAUCAUCCCAUCUGUCCUACACUACAGUUUGUUAGGAUACAAUUUUUUCAUUCCAGAUGCAGUAGGUGGGACGCUAGCUGAUGAAUUCAUAACAGAAGAAGAACUUUUUAUUCGAUGGCUACAAAUUAUUACAUUUCUACCUGUUAUGUCAUUUAAUACUCCACCAUGGGUUUGCUGUGAUAACUGGGUAUUAAACCUAACAAGACAAUACAUACAAAAACAUCAAGAUUUGGUUGCUCCACUCUUAUUAAAAUAUUCAGAAGACUGGAUGAACACGGGGAUCCCCAUCUUCAGACCUGUCUGGUGGCUCAGUCCAGAAGAUCCGGUGGCUUUCACAGUAGAUAAUGAAUUUCUGAUAGGAGAUGAGAUGCUGAUCGCUCCUAUCACCGAGAAAGGCAAAAUUCAGCGAGAUAUUUUCCUACCUGGAAAAGAUUACCAGUGGAUGGACAAGAGCACAUCCCAGGUGUUUGAUGGAGGCACAGUCCUACGGAACUAUAACUGCAGUCUGCACGAAACUCCUGUUUUUAUAAAGAAAACUUCAUAGCUUAAACCGGUUAUUACUAAUAUGUGUAUCCCUUCUGAGAAGACUAAGUAGACGUGUCUCUGAUGAAGACAUAAAUGCAUUUUCCAAAGGUUCCGAGAAGCAAAUACUUGUAAUGGACGUAUUCCAUCGACAAUUCUGUAAAUAAUAUCUGUAUAGACAUCAUACCACAGAACCUGACAGUUAUACAGAGAUCAGCGGUGCCACAUAGGCACUGCUUUCCCCUUCUUGGAAAAGCAGACUGUCAAAAAUUACUUUUGUAGG